AUGACGACUCCCGGUUCUACGGAGGCCUGGAUGUUUUUUUAUAAUUCUCAACCUCGUGAAGCUAGAGAAAUUGCCGAAAAACAAUUUGCUCAAAAAACAACAUUUAAAGAUAAAUUUGAAGUGGCAUGGAAUUUCAUAUCUCCACAUAUUAAAGAAAAUCGAGUUAGACUUAAAAAAACGGUUGGUCAAUCAAUGCUCUGGAGAGAAGUUGGUAAUAAAGUAUACACUACUGCAAAAAAUGAAGAUUAUUUGCGCAAAUCAAUUGAAGCAUACACCAAGAGUAUUGCUUUUGCACCAGUUGGAUCCAGUGAAUUGUCAUUGGCUUAUGCAAACCGUUCAGUUAUAUUAUUCAAAGAAAGACUCUAUGAAGAUUGUCUUCUUGACAUUGAACGUUCAUUAAAGGCAGGCUAUCCAGAUAAAUUAAAAACAAAAUUAUUUUUACGUCAAUCAUUGUGUUUCAAGGCCUUGAAACCAAACUCAGGACUUGAACCAGGUAUUUCAAUGGCUAAUGCAAUGCAAUGGCUUCCUGAAUUGAAAAAAUAUAAUCCAAAAUACAACAUCAUCAAAGAGUAUCCAAAGAUGAUCAAUGAUCUUAAAGAACCACGUGAAAUUAUUAAAUUUAUACCAGAAAUAAAAAAUGAUAAUGCAAUAAUAGUUGGUGCAUCUGAUGCAAUUGAAUUGAAAAAAAAUAAUGAAAAUAAUCAGACUAUUGUUGCAACAAGAGACAUCAAGACUGGUGAAUUUAUUUACAUUUCUGAGCCAUUUGCAGCAACUCCUGUUAAUGAAUUGCAUUAUACUAAUUGUUGGCAUUGUUGUUGUCAAACUUGGACUGGUGUACCAUGUGAUAAUUGUCCAAACAUCAUAUAUUGCUCUGACAUAUAUAUAGAAAAAUUAAUGGCAAUGAAAAUGAUUUCAAAGUCACUAAACUCCGUAGGUGGUUUAAAAGGAUUGAAAAAAAAAAUUGACAGUAUUGACUCGAUGAAAAAUAAAGAAUUAAUAUUUACUAAUGGGAUUCUUGAUGUUAAUACUAUCGAUAAUUUUCUUCGUCUUGAUUAUUUUAAAGCAACAUCAUCAAACUGUACAUUUGAAUCAGCAAUACUUGCAGUAUUGAUUAUUACAGUUUUUGGUGAAAAAACAGAUAAAUUAGGUAAAAAAAUGACAUUGAACGAUUUGAUUAAAAGUAAAGAUAAAAAAAUAUUAAUUUUGGGAGAAUUAAUAUUGCGAUAUAUGAUGACUUCUGGUUUCAAUAGUCAAUCGUUUAAUGAAUCAUCCACUGGUUGUAUGGUGCCGUUGUCAACUGACUCGAUACCAUUUUAUAAUACUAAGAUAUUAAAACCGAGCUGUGAUCCAAAUGUCAAUUGGAGUCACGUAGGUUCAGAUGUUGGAUUUUACGCUUGCAAACCAAUCAAGCAAGGACAACCGGUACUUAUUAAAGUUGCAAAAUAA